AUGAACGGCGAAAAAAACAAAGAAAGACGGCGACACAAGGCAAUGAAGCACGCCGAGGAAGUAAAAGCCAUCAUCGAAUGUAACGACUCACAUACCAUCGUCUGCUACACCAACGCAGCCUUCAGUGAACGAGGAAAUGCUGCUCUUGCGUGGUACGUUGAAAACACGAAAACUACUUGCACAAGACAUGCACCGUACUGCAGAACAGCGCAAGAGGCUGAGAUCACGGCCAUUGAAGAGGCCCUGAAUGCACUAGGACAAGAAGUCCAAUGCGGCACGAGCAUCAUCAUGUUCACAGACUCCCAAGACGCCAUCCGUUCACUGAAGACGCAUCAAGAAACGUGCAAGGCGAUUCGAAAUAUUACGACUACGGCCAUCAAGCUAAGGAUGCGCGACAUCCGAGCCUCGGUACGCUGGAUCCCGGGUCACGAAGGGAUCGAGGGCAACGAGAUAGCCAGCGAGGCAGCAGGAGAGUUAACUCGUUCCUUCCUCCGCUGCCUUCAAUGCCACUCCGAAGCCCCCGCGCCCUCUCGAACCCAUCGAAAUCCACCACAAAUGUCACAACCAAUCGAGUCUCCAAAGAGCGAACCUGACGGCUUUUACGACCCUUUUUGGGAAAUUAAAGCAGCCAGGAUCGCUCUGAAGAAAACUAUCGACAAGCACAAAGACGUGGCACGGGAAAGCCUUCCCAAGGGAUUCCGAAGACACGAAUCCGUCCUGCUAAGAAGACUCCAAGCAGGAGCUGCAGUCACUCCAUCAAUAACGAAGAAAUGGGCGGACGCUAAAAAGAAGAAGAAUCCGGACUUUGUACCAAAACCAGACCAGUGCAAGUACUGCCUAGAGAAUCUCAGAGCAGACACUCAACACUUGGUCUGGGAAUGUUCAAAGCUCGACCAAGAACGCAAUGACGCCCUGGGAGCGCUCAACCAUGAAGACAAACCUUCAACACUCGACGAAUGGGUAAACCCGGCAGGAGACUCAGAACGACGCAGCCUCAUCCUCCGAUCGCUGGUCGACUUUCUGAAGACGGCCAACCUCGGCAGAGACUUGUAGCUGCCACAAUUACAACCCUACGCGCUUCCA